GCUUAAUUUCCACCAAGGAAAAGGGUCUCCUCGCAUGCGCUAGCUCUUCUUCUCACAAUUAAAGGGAAUUAAGAAAAUGAAUUAUAUGAUGAUGAAGACAGUCUCAAGGAUGACUUUCCUUGCUGUGUUUGUAGGGUGGCUCAUGGUUUGGGUUUUCUUGCCAACAAAGAUAUACAUGCAAGUAUGGACUCCCGUGCUAAACAGCAAGCUCAAUUCAACAUACUUUGGAGUACAAGGGACAAAUCUUCUGCUUUUUACAUUUCCCAUGAUGUUCAUAGCAGCUUUGGGCUGUGUUUAUCUCCAUGUUCAGAACAAAUCAGAGAAUAUUAAUAAGUCCAAAAGUGUUGUUAGAAGCCAUCGUUUGGGGUUUUGGAGACGCCCCGUGCUUGUGAUGGCCCCUCUGGGAAUCGUUACUGCAGUGGAGCUUGCCUUCGCAGCCAUGUUUGUUUCACUCUUAAUCUGGUCUCUAUCCAAUUACUUAUAUGUCAGCUUUGGUCACCUCCAUAUGCAUAAAGCAGGCGAGAAAGUGUGGGAAGCAAAGUUUCGAAGUGUAUCACUGAGACUCGGGUAUGUUGGAAACAUUUGCUGGGCAUUUCUCUUCUUUCCCGUAACUCGAGGGUCUUCAAUAUUGCCUCUGGUUGGGCUCACAUCGGAGUCUAGCAUCAAGUACCAUAUCUGGCUCGGUCAUCUUUCAAUGAUUCUUUUUGCCGCACAUACUAUAGGUUUCAUCAUCUACUGGGCUAUAACUCAUCAAAUGGCUCAGAUGCUUGAGUGGAGCCAAGAUUGGGUGUCAAAUGUAGCUGGAGAGAUUGCAAUUUUAUUUGCAUUGGCUAUGUGGGUGACAAGCAUUCCACGCGUUAGGCGAAAGAUGUUUGAGCUUUUCCUCUAUACCCACCAUCUCUACACACUCUAUAUCUUCUUCUAUGUGUUGCAUGUUGGUGUAGCCUACUUUUGUAUGAUCCUUCCUGGGAUCUUCCUUUUCCUUGUCGAUCGAUUCAUAAGGUUCCUACAGUCCAGAGAAAGCGCUAGGUUGCUGUCUGCACGCCUUUUACCAUGUGACACUGUUGAGCUAAGCUUCUCUAAGAGCCCAGGAUUGAAUUACAAUCCCACAAGUAUCAUGUUUAUUAACGUGCCGAGCAUUUCCAAGCUUCAGUGGCACCCUUUUACAGUGAUAUCCAACUGCAAUAUGGAGGCAGAUAAGCUCAGCAUUGUCAUCAAGCGCGGGGGAAAUUGGUCUCAAAAGCUUUUCCAACAAUUCUCUUCUUCUGUGGAACAUGUCAAAGUUUCUGUCGAAGGACCUUAUGGUCCUACUUCGUCUCAUCUUCUGAGAAGGCAUGAGUCCCUGGUGAUGGUGAGUGGAGGCAGUGGGAUUACUCCUUUCAUCUCCUUAAUUCGCGAGAUCAUUUUCCAAAGCCAAAAUGCAAACUUAAACACGAUCCCACGAGUUCUCCUCAUUUGUGCCUUCAAGAACUCGAUGGAUCUCACCACGCUAGACCUAUUGCUUCCUAUCUCUGGCACACCCAUACAAAUUUCCACAAGAGUGCAGUUACAAAUAGAAGCGUAUGUGACUAGAGAGAAUGAGCAACCCGCGGCAGACGCCCAAAAGCUCAUCCAAACCAUAUGGUUUAAGCCAAACCCAUCAGACUCGCCCAUUUCUCCAACUCUAGGGCCGAACAACUGGCUAUGGCUUGGCGCAAUAAUCUCAUCCUCAUUUGUCAUGUUCCUUCUCUUUUUGGGUAUUGUCACACGUUACUACAUUUACCCUAUUAGUGAAGAAAACACCAGUAACACCAGUACUGGGACUUACAAUUUCUCCCUCAGCUCUCUUUGGGACAUGUUUUUAGUCAGUUGCUGCAUCUUAGUAGCUUCUAGUGCAAUCUUCCUUUGGUGCAAGAAACAAAACUUCAUGGAAGGGAAGCAAACCCAAAAGAUGGAAGUGCCAACCCCAAGAACUUCACCAGGGUCUUGGUUUUAUGAGGCGGAUAGCGAGCUUGAAAGCCUUCCCCAUCAGUUACUUGUUCAAGCCACCAAGGUGCAUUUUGGUGCAAGGCCUAAUCUUAAGAAAAUUCUUUUAGGGUGGGAAGGAUCAGAUAUUGGAGUCGUAGUCUGUGGGCCAAGGAAGAUGCGACAUGAGGUUGCUGAAAUUUGUUCAACUAGUUUGGCAAAAAAUUUGCACUUGGAGUCCAUCAGCUUUAAUUGGUGAUGCUUUUGAAAAAAAAGUGAUAAUUGUGUCUGUUAAGACUAUUAAGUAAUGGGAAGUGGGAACUCGAUCUCUUUGUAUGUGUUGUAAAAUGUUUUGGGAAAAAUAGAAAAUCUUUUGUAAAUGUUUGGUUCUGUUUUGUACUCGUAGGGGGUGUAUUUAGUUUCUGCUGUUUGUCUUUGUUGGAGUGUUGUUUUGCUGGUUGUGCAGCUGUUGCUGCCUGUAGUGUUGUUUUCCUUGUUGCUGGGUUGGGUUUGUGUUUCGGGUGUUUAUUGGACUGAAUUUAUUUCUAUUGAGUUUUUCUAUUGGUUUGCAAUUA